UAUACAUAUCAUGACUGAACCUGUAGACAAUUUCUCCAUUCACGGCAAUUCCAUAAAAGAGGUAUAUGAUAUCCCUAUGUCUGCCAUCAAUCGGCCUUUACCUUCUUCAUUAGAACGAGCCAAAGUUGAAGAAAUGAAACAAAAACUAAAUGAUCCUGAUCAUCAAUUGGAUUUGACUCCUAUUGACGUUCAUCAUGUUCAUUAUAAAGGUCAAGAUUACUAUUUCGCUUUUGGUGGAUGCCAUCGAUGGGCAGCACACAAGGAACUUGGUAGAUCAACCAUCCGUGGUAAAUUGAUACAAACCCCUCCAGCAGUCAUCAAUACUUAUUUAGGUGCUUCUUCCCCUUUCAAAUAAUACCCAUCUAUCAUUUGUUAUAUUAUCAUCUUCUUCUUCAAUAA